UGUAGUUACGCCACUGGCGGGUGUUAGUGCACUAGUUGACAGCUCAGAACAAAAUUCCCUAUACGGACUCGGCCUGUGACUGUUUGCGCUAAGCGAUUCGCCCUCUGCCGUGAAAAUGUGGCGUUAAUCCUACAGGGAUAAAUCAACGUACGCAGUACUAGUUGUGUGGUAAUUUACUAUAAAAAAUGAGUGUUGUGUUGAAAUCUGUGCAUUCACGCCGUAAAAGCAGUAAAUCUAAUGUAAACUGCUGCGUUUAUAAGUGCAAUAGUGUCAAUAAAAAGAAUCCUGAACUCUCAUUUCAUAAAUUUCCACCUCUGGGACAAAAAGUAAGACAUACUUCUGGAAUUGGUGAAGUAACUUUGACUGAUAGACGAAAACUUUGGGAAUUGAAUUUAAAAAUGGGCAAAAGCGUAACACCGUACAUGUAUGUGUGUUCCCGGCACUUUACCAGUGCAGAUUACAUUACUCCUGAUGAAGAUUGUUACACUAGGCGAUUUUUAAAGAAAACCGCAGUCCCUACUCAACAGUUGCCAGAAAGGAGUGUUUAUAGUGAAAGGUCAAAAAAAAAAUCAGAAGAAAGGGUAGAACGACUUAACAAAAGAAGAAAAUUGGAUAUAACUGUGCAAGAACUCAAUGAGGCUGGUAUUGAGGCUGAAAAUUCAUUUAAAAGGAAUGAUGCAGCUGAAGCAUUGUUGAGUCUCAAAGAAGCCCCACUUGGAGUGACUGACAAUGAGAAUUGUACUUUUCCAGUGAUUACUAAACAUUUCCAAGAUUGUUCCACACAGACUGAAGAAAGUAGUUUUUGGGAUAAUACUAAACCUAUGAAAGAUACCAGUGUUCAAGUGAACACUUCUUGGUUUUCGGUAGCUGAUUUUAUUAUCAAUAAUAAUAAGGCGUUAAGUAUUUUAACCGGAAUUCCAUCAUUUAAUGUUCUGUAUCUUUUAAUUCAUUUACUUUCUAAAUUUAAAAAAGAUGUUCGUUCUCAUCGUUUAAGUAUUAAACACCGUAUUUUAUUGGUCUUUAUGAAGUUAAAGUUAGACUUGACUUAUUCAGCUCUUGGGAUUUUAUUUGGUGAUAUAUCAGUAACAUCAAUAAAACGAAUUUUUUCUGAAACUGUACAGAUUUUGGCUGAUAUUAUGAAAGAACUUAUUUACUUACCACCUAAAGAGAAUGUGUUACAAAAUAUACCUAUGUGUUUUAAAAAGUACCAAAAAGUACGAAUUGUGUUAGAUUGUACCAAGGUUCAUGUGCAAGCACCAAAGAAACUAUGUUGUAGAAUAAAAUUAUAUUCCAAUUACAAAAAAUCCAAUACAGUAAAGUUCAUGACAGGAGUUACUCCUGCUGGUCUUAUCAGUUAUGUCAGUCCCGCGUACGGUGGUAGAGCAUCUGACAAGAGUAUUUUCGAACAAUCAAAUCUCAUUGAAAAACUUGAACCAUAUGUGGACCAAAUAAUGGUGGAUAAAGGGUUUUUAAUCGAACAGUUUUGCGAAGAUCGUGGAAUUGGAAUUGUAAGACCUCCAUUUUUAAGAAAUAAAAAGCAAUUCAAUAAAGCAGAGGCUCUUGAAAGUAAAAGCAUUGCUGCAGCUCGAGUCCACAUAGAAAGAGUAAAUGCACGAAUUAAAGUUUUUAGGAUAUUGAAAAAUACGUUAGCAGUGCAUUUACUUUCAAUUGUUGAUGAUAUUUUUAUAGUAAUUUGUGCGAUCGUAAACCUAAGUAAGCCUGUAAUGCGAGAUGAUUUAUUUUUAAAAAAAUAAGAUUACAAAAAAAUUAAGUAUAUUAUUACAUCCUAACUAUAUAUUUUUUAAUUUCCUCAUAAUGGUAAUGCACUUGGAAUUACUAGAGUAAAUAAAAUUCUACACCUUUAUUGGAUUUUUUUUCCUCCACAAACAUAAUGUACCAU